GGCGCACUUGGAAUACAACGGUCGUGGCUUUGAGGGGCGUGCAUUAUAUUCAAGCCGUGAUGUGGUGUCAUGAACCAAACUCCAAUCAGGUUGGCAGGCAAUAAGGCUUGACAGAAGAUGCGACGGGGCCGGUGGUUUAUCAGAUGGCUGGCGAUAGGAAUGGCCAUCCUGUCUUCCCUAAAUGCCGUCUGGGGCCAGGACACAGACGACUGGCAAUACGAGGAGUGUAAGCUGUCCCGGCCCGGCCCCCCCGCUACGAUAGUGACCAUCGACGAGGAAAGCCCCAAUGGCACGGUUCUGGUGGAAAACAUGCAGAUAAAUGGCCGUGCCCAGGACCCCGGCAGAACCAUCUCGCUGACUUUACUGGACAACUACGACUACUGGGUGAUAUUGGAACCAACCAGACAGAGGCUCUACCUAAACAGCACUGGCCGGGUUCUGGACAGAGAUCCUCCCAACUACAUCACCACCAUUGUGGUUCAGGUCCAGUGCACCAACGAGCUGGUCGGUACCGUUAUUCUGCACGAGGUCCGGAUCGUCGUGAGGGACCGGAACGACAACACGCCGCGUUUUCAGCACCCGCGCUACUAUGUGGCGGUCAAUGAGCUCACCCCGGUGGGAACGACCAUAUUUACUGGCUUCUCAGGAAGAAAUGGAGCCACUGACAUCGAUGAUGGGCCCAAUGGACAUAUAGAAUACAGCAUCCUGUACAACUCCAAUGACCCGGAAUCCAACAGCACAGUGAGCGUUGCAAAUACCCUAUCGGGACACAUUGCUCUGGCUGAGAGGCUCAACUAUGAGGAGAGAACACGCUACCUGGUUUUGAUCCAAGCCAAUGACCGGGCGCCGUACCCUCCCAACAGACGCACCGCCACCACCACGCUGACGGUGGAUGUCCUGGACGGCGACGACCUUGGACCCAUGUUCUUGCCGUGUGUUUUGGUCAACAACACGCAUGACUGCAACCCCCUCACCUACCACGCCGCCAUCCCCGAAUUCACCGAACCGAGCAAAUUGAACCCGCUCAAUGUGACCCCUCCAAUCCGGGCAGUGGACAUGGACAGAAACAUACAACCACCGUCAGACAGGCCCGGCGUGCUUUACUUCAUCCUGGUUGGCCAUCCGGUCACAUAUCCUCAGUACUUCUCCCUGAACAAAACCACGGCAGAGCUGCGCAUCCUGCAGCCCAUCAGCAGGGACUUGUAUCAAAGGUUCACGCUUGUUAUUAAGGCCGAACAGGACAACGGUCAUCCUCUGCCGGCCUACGCUGACCUCGUCGUAGAAAUCCUUGACGAGAACAACCAGGCGCCGUAUUUCCAGUUUGUCACGUACCAGGGCUACGUGAGCGAGUCUUCACCGGUGGGCACCACCAUCUCGGCCGGGGUCAACCUCACCACGCCGCUGAGGAUCGUUGCACUGGAUAACGACGUAGAGGAGACUCAAGACCCCAUGUUGAAGAUAACACUGGACGACUACACGGCCGUCUUCAGCCUUACCUCCGCCGGCAUAAUCCGCUACCUGAGGCUGAUAAAACCCGUGGACCGGGAGAAGCGGAUGACCUACACGUUCACGAUGGUGGCAUCGGACGGCGUCCAGCAGAGCGGCCCCGUCACCGUCAACAUCUUGGUCAUCGACGCCAAUGACAACACGCCUACGUUUGCUCAGGUCUCCUACAGCGUGGAUUUAUUCACAGACAUGCAACCCGGGGAGACGGUACUGCAGUUAAUGGCGGAGGAUGCUGACGAGGGGCUAAACGGACUGGUGACCUACGAGAUCCUGGCUGGGGCUCAGGGACACUUUGUCAUCAAUAAUCGCACAGGCCGCAUCACAGUGGCACCCGGUGUCAGCCUCGCUGUCGGACGAUCUUUCGCACUGACCGUCAAGGCGUCUGACAAUGCGCCAGAGUCCCUGAGAAGGAGCUCCAUCACAACUGUCUAUAUCGAAGUGUUGCCACCCAACAAUCAGAGCCCGCCGCGUUUCCCCCUGCUCACCUACAACCUGGAGGUGAGCGAGGCCAGUAGGAUCGGCGCAAUUCUGCUCAAUCUGCAGGCCACAGACAGAGAAAACGACCCCAUUGCAUAUCACAUUCUGAGCGGGGAUUCCCAGAAGGUGUUCAACCUCUCUGAAACGAUUGGUCUUCUAAUUUUGGAGAAACCUCUAGACAGAGAAACCAAUGACCGCUACCGUUUGGUCGUCACAGCCUCAGAUGGAAACCCUGGAGGGACAUCAACAACAACAGUUGACAUAGUUGUGACUGACGUUAACGACAACGACCCUGAGUUUGACCCCGCGCGCCCCACUAACUUCACUGUCCGAGAAGAGGAGGCCAAUCUGCUUGUGGGACAAGUCAAGGCCACAGAUCCAGACGCAGGGGCGAACGGCCAAUUGGGGUACCGCGUCGUCAAUCAUCCCGACUUGUUUGUAAUCAGCGCCAACGGCAGUAUCUACACCCGGGUGCCGCUUGAUCGCGAGCUCAGGAGCAGCUACGAGCUGGUGAUCGAAGCCUCCGACGGGGCCGUGGACCCCCGGCGGACCACUUUGACCGUCAUGGUGCAGGUGACGGACAUCGACGACAACAGCCCGGUCUUAUCGCAGCAGACGUACGUGGUGAACGUGCCCGAGAACAGCCCCGUCGGAACCGUGAUCCUAACGCUCAGCGCUACGGAUUCAGACCUCUUCUCCAAUGUCACCUACCGGAUCAAGUCGGAAUCGGCCCGCCAGCUUUUUUCCCUGAACGCAAUCACUGGAGAGUUGGCCGUGCUGCAGACUCUGGACUUUGAGGACCUGGCAGCUAUGGGAAUGGGAGCCUCAUACAAUUUCCAGGUGGAAGCUGUCGACCAGGAAGGCGUCACGCCCCCGGGGCAGGCUACCGUCACGGUUCGCAUCACGGAUAUGAACGACUUCUCCCCCGUCUUUAGCCAGCCCCUGUACAAAGGCAUGGUGGCACCCAACGCCGAGAAGGGGACAGUCAUCACGACUGUCUUUGCAGAAGACCAGGACCCACCAGGCACUCCGGCCAGUUUUGUACGCUACAGAGUGGACCAGGACAGGUCGCCGUACAGCGGGAGCAUCUUUGAUGUGGAAGAAGUGAGCGGAAGGAUCGUCACCAAGGUCAACCUCAAUGAGGAGCCCAGUCUUACCUUUAAGUUGUUUGUCAUCGCCUUUGACGACGGUGAGCCUGUGAAGACGAAUAGCACCUUGGUGGAGAUCACCGUCCUUCAGCCCUCCCGCAUUCCCAUCUUUUCGCAGGAGGAGUACAGGUUUCCUCCCGUUAGCGAACUGGCACCGCUGGGUACGCCGUUGGGGACCAUUCGAGCUGCCGCCAUCAACCAGACCAUCUACUACUCCAUUGUGGCGGGAAAUGAUUUCGGUCAUUUCCGUGUGAACAACAGAACGGGCGUCAUCUCCACCGCGAAGCCGCUGGACUAUGAAAAUGUGACCAGCUAUGUCCUGAGGGUGCAGGCCGACUCGCUGCUCGUUGUCAUGUCCAACUUGCGUGUGCCUUCCAAAACAAACACGGCCAAGGUGUUCCUGGAGGUGCACGAUGAGAACGACCACCCUCCCGUCUUCAGCAGGAAGCUCUACAUUGGCGGCGUGACCGAGGACACCAAGAUCUUCAGCUCUGUGCUCAAGAUAGUGGCUACCGAUCAGGACACUGGGAACUUCAGCGCCAUGGCGUACCGUCUCAUCAUCCCGCCAACGGCAGAGGGCCAGGACAGCUUCGUCAUCGAGGCGUAUACCGCCGUCAUCAAGUCGGCCAUCAUGUUUCGAAACAUGCGUCGGUCAUAUUUCAGUUUCGAGGUUAUCGCCACCGACGACUACGGCGAGGGUCUGAGCAGCAGCGCUGACGUGGUGGUGUCUGUGGUCAACGCACUUGACAUGCAAGUUAUUGUGUCAACCGUCCCGCCUACUUUGGUUGAAGAGAAUAAGGACCAACUCAUAAGUAUCCUGGAGCGUCACAUCCAGGACCAGAUUCCCGGCGCCAAGGUGAUUGUGGAGGCCAUCGGGCCGCGUCGUCACGGUGACGGCUUCGAGCUGGAGGACUACACCAAGUCGGACCUGAUGGUGUACGCCAUCGACCCGCUUACAAACAGGGCCAUUUCACGGCAGGAGCUCUUCAAAUUCCUCGACGGGAACGUUCUGGAAAUCAACAAGGAAUUCCAGCCUUACCUGGGCGAGGGCGGUCGAAUCUUGGAGAUCCGCUCGCCGGACAUCGUGACGAGCGUGAAGAAGGCCGCCCAGGCUGUGGGCUACACGGAGGGAGCUCUCCUCGCUCUGGCCAUCAUCAUCAUCCUCUGCUGCAUCCCCGCCAUCCUCAUCGUCAUGGUCACGUACAAGCAGUUCAAAGAGCGACAGGCAGAGUGCGCCAAAACGGCCAGGAUUCAAAUGGCUUUGCCGCCGGGAGGCAAGGCAGCUCCCACCAGCGCUGCGGGGGCCAACCUCUACGAGGAGCUCGGGGACAGCAGCAUGAGGCGAGGCUACGGCAGGCAGCAUCAGCAACUGCUGAGACCGUCUCUGCUGAGACCCGAGGAACUCUCCAUGGAGUCCGGCAUCGACCCUGGCCAAGAAUACUACGCGCAGGACUACUAUAAUUAUGAUCAAGGGUACGACCUCCCUCAGUAUGGCAGUCGGAGGAGGUUGAUCACUCCGAAGUAUGAUGAAUAUGGAGAGGUGAUUAUGGAAGAUGACGGUUAUUACUACAGUCCGCAUGGCCUUGAGGGGCGAGGCCGAGGCAGGGGCCGUGGCGGUGUGAGGGGCCGAGGUCCACCAAAGAGGGUUGCGUUUAGGGACGACGAGAGAAUCGAGCAGGCAGAACCAGAAGCGGACGCUGAGCCCUCCAAGGCUGCCAAGAAGCUCAAAUCUGUCAUCAAACUCAGCAAACUCCUUGCAGCCGCCAAGAGAGGAGAGCAGGCGUCUGCUGCCGCUGGCCCGUCUCCAUGGAAGAAAGCCAAAAUGUUCAAGAUGUUCGGCGUGAAGAAAAAAGAUAAGAAUUAUGCCAAACUGAUGUCGGCCCGCCGUAUUGACAGUCUGGAGAGUCUGAGUGAUGGGCCGUCGUCUGCGGGACCCAUCGACAACAAGGCGAGCACUCGCAGCCAGAUUGGCAAAGUUUUGAAGAAAAUCAACAUCGGCAAGAAGUUGCAGGCCCGGCGAAAGUCGCAGAGUAGUAUGAGCGUCACUGGCAGCGAGAGGGAUGAAGAGGCCUCACAAGUGACCAGUGAAGAGGAGAAGAAAUCCAAAGUGUCCAUUAGUGUGACGGAAAGUGAGCCAGAAGCAGGUGUAAGUGGAAGCAGUCAGGAGAAAGGCUCAGAUGAUGAGUCCUCAGAGAAAAGCAGUGUGGACAGAGAGUACUUGAAGGUGGAUUUAGAUCGGGAUGAUGCCAACGAAAGCACUGUGGACUCUGAAGAAGAGCCUGAUCAAGAUCCAGGAGAUUCGGAUGAAGAAAGCAAGUCUGAAGGGGAAAAAACUGAAAAGGAAUCUGUCAGUGAGAAAGAAUCUGGUACCGAAAGAGAGUCAGAAUCUGAAAAGCCAUCAGGGACUGAGAAAGAGUCUGAAACCGAGAAAGAUUCAGAAUCAGAACAAGAGUCGGAAACAGAGGAAGACUCAGAGUCUGAAUCCACCAAAGCAUCUGAUUCAGAGAAAGGAACACUGACAGUAAGAGAGAGCGGCUCAGGAUCAGAUGAAGAAUCGGAGGAGGAAAAAGCUUCAGGAACCGUGAAAGACAGUGGAUCUUCUGCCCACUCAUCCAUGAGAACAUCAGCUACUGAGGCUAGCAAGGCGAGUGGUGACAGUGGGAGUGUUAGUGGGAGUAGACGAGGCAGUGGUAGUGUAAGUGGAAGUGGCAGCGAUAGCAGGUAUGAGAGUGGUAGCAGGACUGUGAGCGGUAGUGGAAGCACAAGUCGAACUGCAAGCACCAGCAAAUCCGCAUCAUUAUCUGGCUCAAGUGUGAGGUCAUCGCAAAAGACUAAAACGUCAGGAAGCACGAUAAUAUCUGAGAAGUCCAGCGAGGAGCUCAGUGAGGCUGAAUCAGGAACAGGAACAGUUAGUGAGGUCGUCUCAGGGUCAGGCAGUGAAGGCUCUUGGUCUAAAGGGUCCGGCCAGAGGAAAAUGUCUGCUUCAGACUCCAUCGGAGAGUCGGCCAGCGGCAGUCAGGUGACCGGGGAGAGUUCCUUGGGUAGCAGGAGAUGUUCCUCAAGUACCGCAUCCACCAGCGGCAGCCUGCGCUCCCGAAAGUCCAUCCUCACACACGGAUCUGAGGGCACAAUCACAGAGGAGAGUGAAGAAGAAGCAUCGGCAUCGGAGACCGCUGAUGAAAGCAAAGAGUCGGCCAGUGAUGCGAGCGAUGACGCAGCAUCCAGAAGGUCCAGUGUGGUGUCCGGAGGCCCCGGGCCAUCCGCCCCUUACACCGGUCACCAAUAUCCCUCUGACAUCCGCAGCCUCAGUGGCACUUCUGAAGAGACGUACGGAGGAUUGUCACCAAUUGCUGAGGUUGACGAAGACGCCAUCUCCACUGAGAAAUCUUCAGCCAGCGGCUCCGGUUCCGAGGCCGGUAAAGGCACGGCAGAAACCGAGGCAAGAUCAGCUGCCGAUUCCGAUUCGGAGGGGAAUCUAACAGCCUUCUAGAAACCAAUAGUGUCACUGUGAACUGGGGAGAAAGAAGCGGAUGAAAUUGGCGGUCGAUCGAGAAAACGAGACCACCUCCACCGGAGAGGAGAGCUCCGCCGAGACGC